AUGGACAAGGAUAAUACGGUCAUCUGGUUUCCAGCAUCGGCCAAUCUACCGGUGGAAAUAAUCGGCCGCCGGGUGUACUGUCGGCGUGAUAUGUUGCGCUGGGAAUGUAGCCAGGCACAGGCCGACAUGCGGGUGUUCAUCGAACGGAUGAACGUGGUUUUGGCCGAACGAUAUCGACCGACGGCGACGGCCACGCCCGACGGUACUGAGAACGUGCGCAAAGCUGCGGAAGUCUUGGGUCAAGUAACCCAAUGGGCGGAACUUAACAGACCGGCCCGUAACGACUUCAUGGUGGUCCCGGCGUUCGGCAAGUUCCACGCAAUGUUGCGAUCAAAGAGCCACGAUCUGUUGGUCCGGAUGUACGGGCGGCCGGCCGAGCAUCGGACCGUCGAGCUGCCCGCAUACCUGGAGAAGAGUUUCGGCGAUGCGGACACGAUGGAAUACGGACCGGAACACGAAAUUUCGUUCUGCAUGUUCUUGAUCGCCUUGUUCAAACUUCAUCAUCUCACCUGUGCAGACGAACAUUAUGUGGUAUCCGUACUCUUCGACAG